GUAUAUACUUCUUACCCAUAUGUGCAAACAGAAGGGGAGAAUGAGCAUGGAGCAAAGCUCUGGUAUAAGAACUAGAUCAAAAACAGACCAUGACCACAGCUCACAUUGAUCGAUCCGACUUGUGUAUACCCAAACCGAAGACGUUUGUGUACGACUCGAAGCAUGAUAUCAAGCUGGAUGCUUAUAUACCUCAGCCUGGAAGUGCAAGCGGAGAGGCGAUACAGGAGCAUGGCCAGAAGCUGCAACUGGAAGGAAAAGCAGAGAAGGAGUUGAAAAAGAUGCCGGUGGUAGUGCAAUUUCAUCUGGGUGGCAUGGUGGGUGGAUCGAGAGUAAUGGUAUUCCCGGCGAAUUUGCCUGCACUGUUCAACUCAAAAGGCAUCCUCUUCGUCUCCGCCGACUACCGCCUGCUUUUCCCCAGUACACCUUCUGAUAUCGUCAACGACGUCCGUACCCUUAUGAGCUACCUUUCCGACCCUUCUACCCCUCUCGCUAAAACUCUCGCUUCUUCGGGCUAUAUGGUCGACAAGGACAACCUAAUAGUGAACGGAGCUUCAGGCGGAAAUUACCCAGCGAGAGCAGCAGCGACGAUUGCAGACAUCAAACCCCGUCCUAUCGCAUGGAUUAACUUCUUUGGACAAAGUGGGGAUUGGUUAUUGGACUUUUGGUGCCAAGGGGCAGAUAUCGAAAAAUCAAUGCCUUCGAAUGUGCAUUUACACGAUAUGAAGCGAGCAGAGGAGCUGGAGAAGAUGAAAGGAGGCGAAGUCACGACGGAGGAUCCGUAUAUUGUUGUGGAUGGGAAACUAACGUCAGCCAAGGGAAGAUUCAGCCUUUUUUUGAAAUGGCAGAGGGAUGGGGUGUUUUUGGAUUAUCUCCUUUCCGAACCAGGACUUUCGGCGAAACUUGCGAAACUGCGGUAUGAAGAGCGACUCGCAGCUAUCCCAGUUUCGAAACGAUCCCUUCUACUUCCCUCAACCGACGCUACACCGCCAACGUACAUCAUCCACGGUAAAGAAGACCAUACCGUCCCGAUCGAAGAUAGUAUGGCAACGGAGAAGGACUUGAAGGAGAUGAGGAAGGAGGUAAAAGUGGAGUGGGUGGCGGAUGCGGCACAUAUGUUGUUACAGCCAAGCGGGGAGGAAAUGAAGUUGGUAGAAGGGAUAGAUGAGAUCGUACAGAGGAUGGUUAACUGGACGAUAGGGAUUUUGGAGAGGAAGGCAGAGAUUGAAAGAUUGUUGUAAGAUCGGGAAGGAGAGGUAUCUGGGUAAAAGAAGAAAAGAUAUUAUUGGGACGGAAGUAGUUGAAAGAUGAGGGUGUUAUAGAGGUUA